AUGUACCAACCACGACCUGUCCUGUCCUAUCCUGUCCUGUCGGUCGGUCAGCAGCCGGAACAGACUAAGCAGUACCUCUUCACGAAAGCUCACAAACUUCCGACUGACGAAGAACUGACCGUUGAAGAAGUAAAUUUGAGUUCCGUCACUUUAACGGCUGCGGCGUUCCAGUACGGAAAAUACUGCGAAAACUACAACAAUGAAUUUAUGUUGUGUCGUCGAGAAGAAAAGGACCCUAGAAAGUGUUUGGAUGAAGGAAAGCUCGUCACUUCUUGUGCGUUGGAAUUCUUCCGCAAGGUGAAGAAAAGCUGUUCGGCAGAACUCGCUGAUUACUCGUACUGCCUGGACAAAUCCUCGACGAACUUGGAUCCUUCAAAAUGCCGUAGAACGCAAGGUGUGUACGACCAGUGUAUCCUAGACAAUUUGGGGAUUGAGCGUCCUCACUUCGGGUACUUCUCUCGCGCCAAGGUGCACCACACCGAGAGACCACGACCGCCAGUUCUUGGCGUUCCCGAAGGCGGCGAGUUCCCGAACAAGCCCGACGGACUCCCAGACGAUUUCCCCAUGUCGAAACCCGCCUACGGAAAUCGCAGAUUUAUGUAAUAUGAAUUGGUGAUC